CCUCAGUUCCUGUCAUAAAAACGACUACAAGUCCCGUAGCGAGCGCGGGAAGAGUCGUGUCACCGCCUGACUUUACAAUAGCAGGAUAGAGGUGACCCUCCCGUCCAGUCCGCCUGAGAGCAGCGAGCCACCGUACACCCAGAGCAUCUCCUCCCGGUACCAGAAAAUGGCUGAACCAAUCCGUGUUGUGGUGACCGGCGCUGCUGGCCAGAUCGCCUACUCCCUGCUGUACAGCAUCGCCAAGGGAGAUGUGUUCGGGAAGGACCAGCCGAUCAUCUUGGUCCUGUUGGACAUCCCCCCCAUGCUGCCGGUUCUGGACGGAGUCGUCAUGGAGCUGCAGGACUGCGCCCUGCCGCUGCUGAGGGAGGUGAUCCCCACCGACAAGGUGGAGGUUGGCUUCAAGGACAUCGACGCCGCUAUCUUGGUGGGCUCCAUGCCGAGGAAGGAGGGCAUGGAGAGGAAGGACCUGCUGAAGGCUAACGUGGCCAUCUUCAAGACCCAGGGAGCCGCCCUGGACAAGUACGCCAAGAAGACCGUGAAGGUUCUGGUGGUUGGAAACCCAGCGAACACCAACUGUCUGAUCGCCUCCAAGUCUGCUCCUUCCAUCCCCAAAGAGAACUUCUCCUGCCUGACCCGACUGGACCACAACAGAGCCAGCUCCCAGGUGGCGAUGCGUUGCGGCGUCUCCUCCGACAAAGUGAAGAACGUCAUCAUCUGGGGGAACCACUCCUCCACCCAGUACCCCGACGUCCACCACGCCAAGGUCAACGUCCACGGCACCGAGACGCCCGCCUACGACGCCGUGAAGGACGAGACCUGGCUGAGGGGAGACUUCAUCUCUACGGUGCAGCUGCGCGGCGCCGCCGUCAUCAAGGCCAGGAAGCUGUCCAGCGCCAUGUCCGCCGCCAAGGCCAUCUGCGACCACAUGAGGGACAUCUGGUUCGGCACCAAGGAGGGUGAGUUCAUCUCCAUGGGCGUGUAUGCUACUGGAAACUCCUACGGCAUCCCAGAGGACCUCAUCUACUCCUUCCCCGUCGAGAUCAAGAACAAGACCUGGAAAAUGGUCGACGGACUCCCCAUCAACGACUUCUCCCGCGCCAAGAUGGACGCCACGGCGGCCGAGCUGGUGGAGGAGCGAGACACCGCUCUGGACUUCCUGUCCCAGUGACUGUCGCGCCCUGACGGCCAACAGCAGCACUUAGAUCCCCAGAAGACUCGCUGCUCGCGACUCUGAAGAAGAAAACAACGCUCCACACUUCUGAAACCGUCCCAGCUGCCGUCUGUGUGUCACCUCUCUCUGUGUGUGUGUGUGUGUGUGUGUGUGUGUGUGUGUGUGUGUGUGUGUGUGUGUGUGUGUGUGUGUGUGUGUGUGUGUGUGUGUGUGUGUGUGUGUGUGUGUGUGUGUGUGUGUGUGUGUGUGUGUGUGUGUGUGUGUGUGUGUGAUUAGGCCACUUCUUCAGGUUUUUUUAAUUAAAAACCUGUUCAAUGACCACAACCUGGCCUCCGUCUGCAAGACACCGAGAGAAUGUCUCUGUUGGUAGAUGAUAACACGCGCUAGCUGUCCAUAAACUGUAACGGAACAAGUUAUCACCAAUAAAACAACAAAGAAACUGA